AUGAGGAGAAAAAAAUCAUGUAAGUAUUCCUGAAAAGUAUAACCAAAUCUAUUUCAAUGCAUACCCACCCACCCUACCAAUAAAAGGCAGGAACAUAAAACAAAGGGGAAACAACCCUCAAGUUAUUAAUAACAGACCAAAGGAAUGCCAUAAAGAGGUGUGAGGGGAAAAAUAAAAUGGAAGGAUUUCUAAAAUAGAUGGAAGAAAAAUAUGAAACUCUAAAUGAGCACAGAAAUGCUAAUGAUAGACAGUUUGUACACUACAGUGAAGGGAACUGAGGGAAUUACAGGCAGCUUAUAAACAGAAAACUGAAGUAUAAAAUUGGCAGGAAAAUACCAAAAGCAAAGAAGAGGAUACUCAAGGCACCAAGUAGAUAAACUGUUGGGUUUUUUGUUUGUUUGAUUUAAGUUUAAUUAUACGAAAGAUACAACUAAAACAUCUGAACAGAUGUGUGCUCAUUGGGCAGAGCUGAGAAACAAACAUACAGAAAAUAGCAUCAUGACCGUAAAAACUUGAGUGUUCCAGAGCCCUUCAGUGUGCAAAGGACACAAUGAGUUUUCUAUAGGCAACUUGAGACACAUGUGCCAGCAAGGCUUAGCUCACCCAGGAGGCAUCUGUCUCAGACAGCACAGGAUCCAUAGGGGCAGCAGAUCUGGCCUCCAAGGAUGCAUUGCUUGCAGCUGACACCAUGGCAGCAGCAACAGCUGUGGCAUGCUCCUUGGAGACUGGAACAUUUCCCCUAUGAGAAAAGUGGUGAUUGCAUGCUGUCGCCAUGGAAAGGUAGAUAAUAGCAGUGUAACAUGGCAUUUGGUCUCUCUGGGAAUCCAUUUCAAAAACCCUUUAAUUACUUUCACCUUACUUUUCAGACAGUUAUUGUCUCCCAAAGCAAUAAAGAGAGAGGUGCUGCUACUAGGCUUGCAAACUAGAAAGACACACAAGGGAAGGGAGUGGAAAGAAAAGGCAGAGAAGAGAAAUCAGUCCCUCAAGGCCAGAACAAAGCACAGGGCUAAAAGCAUUUAUAUCUAGUUUGGGCCAGGCUCAUCUUCCCUUGCCAGUGUUUUGCCUCUAAUUAAAGUUAGUGGCUCUUUUUCCUUUGGACGAUGGCUGGGUCCAGUGUGUUCUUUCGCCUUGCCUCUUGAAGUCCGAGAGCAGCAGGCAAUUUCCCCCCCAAGUGUCACUUUCUGGUAGAGAGGACAGAAGCAAGUCCUUUGCAGCUGCUCCUUCUCUGGACGAUGGAUGGAGCUAGGAUGGUCCCCUUUUACAUUGAUGUUCUUUCGGGAGGCAAAGAGUGCAGCCUCCCAGUAACCUGUUGUUCACUGACCAUUGGCAUAACCAUAGUCCCUUCAGCUCUGAGGCCCUCAGGCAAUUGUGUCUCAACACAGAGAUCAGCGUGUCAUAACAUAACAGACUUAUAACCUGUGCUAUUUGAUCACUAUUUGAAUGUUCUGUUAAAUAGUAAUUGUAAUUAAAUUACUAUUAAUUUAAGUGGCAGCUGGUUGACCACUGUGAAAACAGGAUGCUGGACUAGAUGGAACUUUAGUCCAGCAUUCUCUUUCCCACAGAUGCCUUUGGGAAGCCCACAUGCAGAACAUGAGGGUAACAGCCAUCUCCUACUGUUGUUCACCAGUGACUAGUAUUCAGAGGCAGCACGGAGAUUGUGCCUAGUGGAAGAUGAUAGCCUACCCUUUUGUGUUUUAUAGCUGUUAAGUGUGUAGGAAUAAUCAGAUGAAACUUUUCACAGCACGGAAAUCAGCAUUUACCCGCUAACAUCUGCAUGUCAAAUUCCUGUUAAAGGUACAACAGCAGGUCCUGGGCCAGCCUUUGGGAAGGGUUUAUAUACAUCUUUUAACCAUAAAAAUAAUGAUGAUGAUGAAAGCAACUGAAAUGUGAAACCAUGGAAUUUGCAGUGACACUGUAAAAUCUGUCAGAAUAGGCACCCUUUUUUGACCUACUUGAUGAGGUUGGACUCAUCAAGGCCCAGAUUUAGCACUUGUUUUGAAUUACAUGGCGUACCUUAGAACAUGUUAAGCAAUAUUGAAAAAUGAGCAUGGACAAAGUGUUCUCCUUCAUCAUAUUUAUGAAUCAGAUGCAUCUGAUGAAACAAGCAUUACCUACUAAAUCCCAUAAAUCAGUCAGAUUUUAAGGGGCUAUCAUAGGACUCUCUCCUUUCUUGCCUACAAGUAACUACAAACAUCACAUCUCCAUCUAGGUCAGAGGCUGCAGCUUCUCUCCAAACUCAAAUUCCCUAUCUAGAAUCUAAGCAUGCAGAAUAGGUUUUAAUUUCUAAUACUCUGUUGCUGGCUUUGUUUAGUCCUACAAUGAAAAUGAUUAGCUAUACAUACAAACCUGAGCACAUGAACCUGGUCUCUUUAACCACAUACCGGUAAUUAGAAAGAAAACUAGAAGUCAGCAAUAGCAGGAACUUGGCACACAUUUUCCAGAAGGUUAAACUGAUGUCUUUGUUUUAUUGCAAAAAAAUUUAAGGCUUCUAAUUCUUGGUGCAAACAUUUUCCUUAUUUUUGCUUGUAAAAGGGAGAAGCAGCUAGACUACCUUGUAAAGUAGGGCAUGUCCCAAAGCUGCAAAUGAUCAGGACCUCAGCCAGCCAUUGUAAAUAGUUGAGGCAGCUGCUAGGCUGGGCUGGCCUAAUGUUACAAGGCGGGUUUAUGGGAUGAUCCCCUCUCACCACAAAUAUCUCAAGGGGCCACAGAAUAGGUCGCACUAGGGGGUUGGCUCUUAGCCCCAUCAUUUUUGCAGAGUUAACUCAGACACCACAUCCUGACCUUUGCUUUCACUCCUUGCCUCUGCUUGGAUUAUGCUGGGCAAACGCCAGGUUCAUUAGCUAUUUAUUUGGAGAACAUUUGGUUUUCUUUCCUUGGACUCUGGUUCAGAUCCAGCCAAUGCUUUCCCCAGUGGUCAAAGUCAUUGCACCAGUUAUGGGACAUGUAAAUGGUAAAUAAGAGAGUGCCUUGGCAUAUGUGACUACUUUCCCCUCAUUACCAAGUAAUCACUGCCAGUUCCCAUUUCUGGACUGAAACAUACAGUACUUGUUCCUGACAAUUCUCUUUUGUGUAUUUUGAUGUCAAAUAUUCUCUGUAAUCAAAUAUAUGUUGAAUAUUCUCCUGAUAUUUGUUAUCUAUAUUUGGCACAUAUUGAUUUCAGUAUCUGAUAUCUGAUGAGUGAUAAUUUGAUAGAUGACAUGCACUGGUAUUUAAAAUCUGAUAGUAUUAAUAUUCAGUGUUGUAUCACAGUGGUUUUCCAUUUUCUAUCUCAAGGGAGCACUCUCAAUGCCAACUUGUCUGCCAAAUAAACUGCAUAUUACUAAGGGUUCUGGGACUUGUUUUAAUGCUGCCAGUUAACGUAGACCAGUGAUUUGGGCCUUACCAUUGCUCACUGUGAACUCAUUGCUCACUCCCUUAUAUGUAUUGCUGAGAAAUAUCAGUAACAUUAAGUAUGCUGUCUUUCAAGAACACUUAUAGAUGUUGCUAGAGCACAACUUCCAUUAUCCCUGACUAUGCUGGCUAGGGCUGACAGGACCUGGAGUCCAACAACAUCUGGAAGGUGGCAGUUUAGCUACCCACUCCUGACACAUAGAGAAUCUUCAGGUGUAAGUAGUUAGACAUGCAGGAAUAUCUAGUGUAUUGCACACCCAUAGCUGUAUGUCAUGAAUUAGGAGUUUCAUAGGUACCAGUCAAUCAGUGUUGUGCGUUGCCAACUUCUGCUGCAGUCUCACAGAACAGUCUGCUCCCUCUAAGAUUAGGCCUGAAGAAAAAAAAUUGUUUGCUUGACUAGAAAAGGACAAUAUGCUUUCAGAGUAGCCCCACCACACAGAUAAAGAGCAUAUCUGUGGUUGAAAUUAGAUCUGAACUGCAUAUUUGCUUGCUCCCAGUCUGUUGUCACUAUACAGUGUUGUCUCUUAUUACUAUAUCAAUCUAGAAAACAAAGUCCUCUCACUGUAACACAAUUUGAGUUUCUCAGAAGCAGCUCAUAUAUAUGGACAAAAUAAUCUUUUACAAAUAAGAAUGGUUUUCUGUUAGAUAAUCCAACUUUCUUUCCUAGGAUAUAAGUUUUCUGAUAAAGCGUUAUGUGGUUUAAGGAGUAUUGAACUAAGAUGGGCUAGCUAACCACAGGGUGAAGUAGAUGUGAUUUUCAGUAAGGCACUUUCAGAGUCAGACCAACAUUUUCCAAAAUAACUAAAUAUAUAAUGGCAAUUCAGCCUCUUUAAAUGCAGAUCUGCCCCAAUCACAUCAGAGAUCCUCACAUUGAUUCUUGUGAGGAUCUCUACCCCCCCAUCAACUGCUUGCCUAAUUGCAGCCCAUUCCUCAGAUACUAUGUCCAAUCUGGGCUUACUUCCAAUACUGGAGUCCAGUCAAGAGGAUUCACCUCUGCUCUGAAAUCUCCUUUGCUCUUCCAAUCAGUCUUCAACUCCUUUAUAUUUGAUUGGGGCAGGUUCACAUUUAAAGAGAUGUGUUUGUCACCAUCCUCUAGUUUGAUAACUUUUCUCUAUACAAAUAUUUACCCCUUUUUUUGCAUAUUUAAGUAAAGCCCAGAGCUCGAGGCAUAGUUGCUGCAUGGUGUAAUUGUCAGAAGGCCAUGGUAUAGUCACCCAAUACCACUUUCUGAAACUAACCUUUCAGGAAGCAAUGGAACUAUUGUGAAACAGUGUCCAUGAUUCCACAUGUCACAGAAUUGGUCUAGAAGGAUACAAUGGUCAAUGGUAUCAAAAACCACUGACAAAUCCAGCAAGAAUAAAGGUCCUCUAUCCUGACAAAAGCAAAUUCUAUCCCAAAGCUUGGCCCAGACUGAUAUAUGGCUCCAAAUAAUCAAUUUCCUCCAAAAAUGCCUGGAGCUGCCAGAAGUUAAAUACCACCUACACAGCACCUUGCCCCAAAAGGGGGUAUUUGUGACCAGAUAGUCAUUUUUAAGUGACUUAGGAUUCAGGAAAAAAAUAUUAAGAAGUAGCUGUACCACUACCUAUUUCAAAGUAGCAGUCACCCAAUCCUCCAUCACUACGCCUAGAACUGCCCCCUUCCCAAUCAGCAUCGCCAUUUAACUCAUAUUAGCCAUGAUGAGCAAGUGGCUCAUUGACACCAUUGUUAAAACAUAGGUACUUUCUCCCCAUCUACUGUGAAUCCAAGGUCCUUGCAUUAAUUUAUAAAGCCCUGAAAGACUUACACGAGGUCUAGGGUACCUCGGCUGCCUGAACUCUUACAUCACAGCUCAAUCACAUAGAUAAUCUGCAGGAACGUUGUUGUUGGUUUCAUGAGUUGUUGAGACUCGCUUGAUGACAAGAAACUGAGUCUCUUGUGCCAUCAGCCCAGUAUUGCGGAAUGGAAUAGUAUUGUCAACAGAGAUUCAGCAGCUGCCUUCUGUUUCAACUUUUAAACGCCUGCCAAAAACAUUUCUUUUCUGUCAAGUUUUUGCAGGCUAUUAAGAACACAUAUUUCCAUAAUAGUUUGCUCAUUACUGAUUUUCACAUUUUUAUAUGGAUAUUACCAUAUGAUUUUAAAACAUAAUUGUUGAAAACAGCUCUGAUAUUUUUAAUAAUAAUAAUAAUAAUAAUUUAUUCCCCAGCCACUCUGGGAGGCUCCCAACAGAAUAUUAAAAACACAAUAAAACUUUAAAAACUUCCCUAAAGAGGGUUGCCUUCAGAUGUCUUCUAAAAGUCAGAUAGUUGUAUAUUUCUUUGCCAUCUGAUGGGAGGGCAUUCCACAGGGCGGGUGCCACUACCAAGAUUUAUUUUUAUUUAUUUUGUUUAUUUUUGUUUUUUAUUUUUUUAAAAAAUAAGUACCGGUAAGUUUAAGAGGUACAGCUAUAAGCACCUUGUCCGUGGACCUCAAAAAUGGAAACUGAUCAUGUACAACUCCUUAUGGUGGUGAGCCUAGAAAAUGUUACAGAUAGUGAGUGAUUCGCACAAGAAUUCAUUAUUUGAUGUUUACUUAUCAUUUAAUGACAUCAUUUAAUACUGAAUGUUUGAAAGACUUCCAGUUAAAGUACUGCAUAGGAGAUGAUGUAUCUGGCCAUUCAAUCUGAUCUAUGGUGGCUCUUUUACAAAUACAGUAGAAGCCACCAUAUGAUUUUACAAUCACUAUGUGAAAGUGUGUGAAUUCAUUCAAACCCAGACUUAUAUCCUCUGGGUGUGAAGUUAAUUUGUAAUAUUUCAUCACUAAAAUAGUUUUAUUUUUAUCCCCAUACCUGUCUACCUUCAUCCCCAUUGCCAGAAGUUCAUCUGUCUACCUGGGCUGCUCACCUCUUUGGGCUGAGGGUCCUGGGCCUGAGCAAUACCCAGCCUCUCAUUGCCCACACAGGUGAUGAGCUUGGAGUUAGUUCUGGCACCGUGAAUUGUUGCCAUCACCUCACUGCUCUCCCUUUGCUUCCCCUGCCUAACUUUGGAAGCCUGCCCGGCUUGUGUCUGAGCCUGUGACACAUGUUGCCUUCUUCUCACAGUGGGAGAGAUUAGAAUGAGCCUGCUCUCACAGGCACAACUGACAGGCUGAGCAGAGCAAAAAUCUGACUGUUUUGCAACGCUCUGCCCACCCAGUGUACACAGCUUGGGCCAGAGAGGAAACAGCUCAGCCGGCACCAGAAACGAUGACACCUGGGCAGAUUGAUGCCAUAGGACACGAGAAACAAGCAACAACAAGAGAAUGGUCUGUUGUUGUGUUUCCACAAAAGACUUCUACAGCACCAGCUCAGAAGUGCCUUCCAGAUCAAGGUAAGCUCUAGGAUACAAGGGGAACAUAUACCUGCCAGUCCAUGAGGUAAAACCAGCAUGAACUUGCAAAUGUUUCAGUUGCACAGGGCUUUAGAUCUAGCAGUAAAUUGUUUUGUGGAACUCAACAAAUUGCAUAUUCUCAGAGUGCUUGCAGAGGCUUAAUAUCUCAGACAAGUUCUUCAGAUAUCACUAGCAACAGUUGGGCCUAUUUUAGCUUAUCAGAUUUUUCUGCAGAAAGAGUAAAACUGGAUUAAAUUAAGGGUGAGGGAAUUAUGAGCUAGUAUUUUUAUGCCGAUGUAACCAUCUGAAUGCUGGAAAAGACUUAGAUGCAUGAACAGCACCAAUCCCAGAAUAACAUCCUCUGGUAGUACAUUUAAAUAGACAUAAUUCAGGAUUAAUUCAGUGCUAUUCAUGUUUGAAGUUGUAGGGUAAAUGUGGACACAAAUGUGUCUUUGCAUUUCCUGCAAGAAAGACUAUUCCUGUAGAAAAUAUUUGCAUGGUGCUUUUGUGGUGCCUUUUCCCCUACUGCUUUCUCACCAGUGUAAAUGGUUUGCAAAUGGCUUAUAAUUCUGUAAGUGUUGCAGAACACAUUGAUCAUGCAUUUCAGUGUGUUCAUAUAUGUUCUCACAUUCUGUGCAUGGCAGAGAUAAUCGUGAUUACACUGUGGAAAACCUUUGGAGCUUCCCAGAAGUGAUGUUUCAUCAACCGUUCUUGCAAUCUACAUUUGUUCAAAUGACUUCUCCAGCGUUUUAUACAGAUACAGCUCUGUGGCCAAAACAAAUGCAUGUUUACUCAAAGAAACUGCAACUGAGUUCAAUAAUAAAAGCUCUGAAUAUGUAACAGCAUAUCAGUGGGAACAUUUGAUUGUAUGAAAAUUAGGUAACAGAUGGUGUCAUUUUAAAUAAGUAAAUUAAAUGCAAGUUCUAAAUUCUAAAUUUCAACUGAUUAAGAAUAUCGGUGCUUUCAGUCUCACAAGUAUGAUCAAAACAGGGCUUUUACAGCUCCAGCCCCAAACAGCAUCUGAACUGUAAUUUAAACAGAAUAAUUUCAAAGUUCCACUGAAUGAAUUGGUUGUUAUGUUUAAUGGUCUUUUAUAUUUCUGGUCUGUGACCAUAAUAAAUCAGUUCAAUUCAAUGGUCAUUUAAACACUCCCUCUCUCUGCAACGGUCACCGUAAUGCAGGAAUAUCAUAAAUAUUCUUUUAAAUACAGUGGUGCCUCGCAAGACGAAAUUAAUCCGUUCCGCGAGUGUCUUCGUCUAGCGGUUUUUUCGUCUUGCGAAGCAACCCUAUUAGCGGCUUAGCGCUAUUAGCGGUUUAGUGGCUAUUAAAGGCUUAUCGGCUCAGCGGAUUAGCUGCUAAAAGGCUAUUAGCGGCUUAGCGGCUUAGAAAAUGGGGGGGGGGGAAGCGAAAAAAAAUCUCAAGACUCGCAAGACAUUUUCGUCUUGCGAAGCAAGCCCAUAGGGAAAUUCGUCCUGCGAAGCAACUCAAAAACGGAAAACCCUUUCGUCUAGCGGGUUUUCCGUCUUGUGAGGCAUUCGUCUUGCGGGGCACCACUGUAUCACGAAUUGGUAAAGUAUAUGGCAGUGCAAAUAUAUUUCACACAUGCUACCUUUAUCUCUCAGCCUUUAUUUCUAUACUUUUAUUGUCUCUUCAACAAUAAAAAGGUAUCUUGUAAACUCCCUGAGGCAGAGACCUGAUAAUUGUUUUUUCUUUCUCAUAAAUUGAUGGUGAAGGACCCGGGUGGCGCUGUGGGUUAAACCACAGAGCCUAGGACUUGCUGAUCAGAAGGUCGGCGGUUUGAAUCCCCGCAAUGGGGUGAGCUCCCAUUCCUCGGUCCCUUCUCCUGCCAACCUAGCAGUUCGAAAGCACGUCAAAGUGCAAGUAGAUAAAUAGGUACCGCUCCGGCAGGAAGGUAAACAGUAUUUCUGUGCGCUGCUCUGGUUCGCCAGAAGCAGCUUAGUCAUGCUGGCCACAUGACCCGGAAGCUGUAUGCUGGCUCCCUUGGCCAAUAAAGCGAGAUGAGUGCCGCAACCCCAGAGUCGGCCACGACUGGACCUAAUGGUCAGGGAUCCCUUUACCUUUAAAUUGACAGUGCAUAAUAAUCAUUAGCAGUAAUAGUAGCAGCAGCAGCAAGAGUUUGGCCUUGGGGCAUGCAGAGGGAAUCUUCCUUUCCACAGCUCAGCAUAGAGCUUGUUUUCAUAUUACAUUUCCAAUUCAAUUAAACUAUUAGAAAUAACUUCCAAGAAAACCAUAUGAUUUCUCUGGAGCUCUUGUCAGCAACAAGUUUAAUAAGCAUGGCAUUUUUAGUGGUGAUGGUUGACGGUGACAAGCAAAGCACCCACAGCAACUUCGCAGAGGGAUUUAUCACUACAUACAUCUUCUUUCAAGCUCUUUCAAUAUUAUCUUUCCCAAUGGUUCAAUGGUUGUGUUUUUUUAAAGUAACUCUUUAUUUGAACUACAGUUUAUUUUCAUCCUCCCCAAUUAUUAAAAUAUGCGUACAACACUUUAAAAAGUGUUUUAGAGCAAAUUUAAAACUUGUUCUUUCUAGUGGGUACGAUUUCAGCAGUCUUCCCCCUGCCAAUUAUCAUUAUUUAUAUUAUUGAAUAAAUAUAUACAGUAACUAGAUAGAUAACUAAAUAUAUAGGUUAAUACUGUAAAUAUCUGCAGCCCUGUAACAUUAUUUGUAAUGAAAGUGAUUCAGUGGCUUACAUUAAAGUAAAAUAAAAAAUAUCACUCUGACUUACAUAGGUUUUACAUCCUUAUAUAGAGGCAUCUUGUUUGAUCUCCAAAUCAUUAUUUAUGAAGACGACAACUAGACAUUAUUUUCUAAAAAGAGAGGUGCUGUGGCUGAAGACUUUUUGGCUAUUCCACCUUUUUAACUUGAAAGCCCUUGUCCCUAAAAUCAGAUGCAUCAGGACUGAUUGAGGCCUGUUUGAAAUCUGCCAAUAUUCAGAGCUUUUCUCUUCUAAUUGAUUACUUCACAUCUUCAAGGGCUGAGUGCCAGCAUUUAAAACAGAGUCCAUGGCUUAAACUAGAUGAAACUUGGCUCAGAGAACUCCCAUAGGUAAUAGAUAGCUUGAGACUAUGCUCAAUCAUCAGUUGACCAUGUGUGUGUUUGUUUGCAUUCCUAUGUACUGCAUUUUUAUCCUGCACUCCUCCAAGGACCUCAGGGUAUUAAGCAUGACUCCCUUCUUUAUCCUCACUACAACCUUUUGAGGCAGGUUAGGCAGGGGGAGAAUGACUCAAUGAAAGUCACUCAGCAAGCUUCACAGCUCAGCAUUAAUUUUCCCGUGUCAUGGUUCAACACACUAACUACUACUAAUCCAGACUCUCUAUUUUCCAGUGGAAUUCAUUCACAUACCAGCAAAUUCAGGUUGCCUUAUUAUAGUUAACUGGGAGGUCUUGCGCAACAAACCUGCUUCCCCCCAAAGAUCGAACUUUUUGCUAUAAGGAAAGUGAUCAGGAAACGCAUUGGAAAGUGUGAGGCAACACUUGCUUUGAUGUGUCAUCAGACCUCCCCAAAAACAAAUCAGAAUGAAUGCUCAUUAAGUAACCUAUGUCAUCUAAUUUCCUUGCAGACAAACAAAAACCAUAUUUAUUUAAGAUAUUUAUAUUCCGCUUUUCGGGCGAACCUCACAAAGAGGUUUACUUUAGAUUGUUACUAAAAUAAACAUAUUUUUUUAAAAAACAAACCACUUACAGUAAAUAUUACUGUCUGUUCAGAAGAAGUUGCAACUGCUUCUUCUCUGCUCCCUGCAGGGCAAGAUGGUCCUUCAGAAGCUGCUGUGGUGACAGGUGGAGGCCACCACUGGGAGCUGGAUGGAAGCAGUUCACCAGGCUCUUUCCUCCUUAAUUGCAAUCAACCCUUUGUGGCUGUGCAUAUUUAGAAGCCCAAGCAAAAGUAUAUCCAUGGAGUUAGGCAUUAGGUUUCUGCCUUAAGCACAACAGGACAGAGAAGUGGGGAUGGAAUUGUUUUUUUUGAAAUUUACUCCCAAUGGAAUGUUUAAACCCCCCCAAAAAACCCCAAAAGCAAAAGUCAGAUUGCAUGGAAGACUCCAUCAACAAGAGAAGAUUGCAGGGGAGGAGAAUCCUGUUGCUGUGGGACGUUGUCAAAGCUAAAAAGAUAAUUGGGAUAUGGGAGAUGGAUUAGAACAUAUUCACAGAGGAUAAAUCUAUCAACACCUACUAGCCAUAGUGGUUAAAGCGUAAUUUAUCCAGUCGUUUGACCUGAGACAGCUGAAAGCUGAAAGGGAACAAUGGUAGAAGGGGAAACUAUAAAGCAAGAGAGGUGAUAUGUUUAUCUUGGAAUGGCUAAGCUAUUAAAAAACACUGAAGAGAGCUUUCUAAUUACAGCGAUAUCUUGUUCAGGCUAAAGAACAAAAAGGUUCAGAGCAAAAGAGAAGUUUCAUGUUCAAAGAACCACAAGCUGGCUCUCCUGUGGUUCUUUGAACAAAGGAAGGAGGGGCUAUGUUAACUGAAGUUAUAAUAGAGAAUCAAAAAUUAAAUACAGAAUCACAAAAUAUUUAGGAGUAGAUCCUUAGUUCUGGCUACGCAAAAGGUAAAAAGAGCUCAGUAAUCCCAACCUUGAAAGAAGCAAGUUAUGAAAAAGUCUUCUCAUUAAAAUGUUAAAUCAUAUAAUAUAAAAAUUAUCUUGCUCAUUUUUUCACUGCUUUGACUUGAAGGAAGGGUGUGUCUUUUCUGUCUGUGUGUAUGGCAGAAAAAAGCCAUGCUAUUUAUAAUCCAAUUAGCACAGUCCUUAAAUUUGUUCUAAAAAUGAUUGUUUCAGAUAGAAAAUAUGAACACAAACCUCUAACAUCUUUCCAUUUUGUUAUGAACACCUUCGCCCAAGCCACAAGCAUCUUGUAUGCCAGAGAAGAAGGAAUAUUUCCUCUCCAAGGGUUCUACUCUGUUUACGCAAAUGGAUCAAAGAGAAGAGCUGCAACUGAGGAAACCAUGGAGGAGAGAAAUUUUGUUCCCCCUACAAGAGUUCAUCCAGUCAUUACAGUUUUUUCUGUGGAAAGUCCCAGCAGACUUAAAUUGUGAAGGGGAAAGGGAACCUCAAACUGGAAAAAUUACAUGUGAUGCAAUUAUGACUCUUCCCCCUUAAUAAUUUUUUCUGGUUAGUCUACUGCUCCUGGAAAACUGCUGCCCUAGGCAGCCAUCUGUGUUACCUAUAGAGUUGGGGCAGUCUUUGUUUAUUGAGCGGUGUGAAGAAGUCAGGGCUCCUAACUUCAUUUUUUUUUAUAUAAGAUAUUUAUUAAGAUUUUUUGAAAUAUUACAGUAAAGAUGGAAAAAAGAAAAAGAAAAAUACAAAAUAAAAACAGUUAAAAACACACAUAUUUUCCAUUACUUAUUUUCCUUUAGCUUGAUUCCCGGACCUCCUCAUACCUCCCUUUUUUGUAUUCCACUUCAAUUUAUUAGUUCAGCAAAUCCUUACCAUAAGAUUUUUACCCAUUUAUAACCCUUUUUUCAUAUUCUCUUAGAGCAUUACAGCUGGAAACCGCUUAAUUUCUAUCCAACAUCAUUCUAUCAUUCAUUAAUUUUACAAUAUUUCUGUAGAUAGUCUUUAAAUUUCUUCCAAUCUUCUUCCACCGACUCUUCUCCCUGGUCUCGGAUUCUGCCAGUCAUUUCUGCCAAUUCCAUAUAGUCCAUCACCUUCAUCUGCCAUUCUUCCAAAGUGGGUAGAUCUUGUGUCUUCCAAUACUUUGCAAUGAGUAUUCUUGCUGCUGUUGUAGCAUACAUAAAAAAGUUCUGUCCUUCUUUGACACCAAUUGGCCGACAAUGCCCCGAAGAAAGGCCUCUGGUUUCUUCAAGAAGGUAUAUUUAAAUACCUUUUUCAGUUCAUUAUAUAUCAUUUCCCAGAAAGCCUUAAUCCUUGGGCACGUCCACCAAAGGUGAAAGAAUGUACCUUCAGUUUCUUUACAUUUCCAGCAUUUAUUAUCGGGCAAAUGAUAAAUUUUUGCAAGCUUGACUGGGGUCAUGUACCACCUGUAUAUCAUUUUCAUGAUAUUCUCUCUUAGGGCAUUACAUGCCGUAAACUUCAUACCUGUGGUCCAUAACUGUUCCCAGUCAGCAAACAUAAUAUUAUGUCCAACGUCUUGUGCCCAUUUAAUCAUAGCAGAUUUCACCGUUUCAUCCUGAGUAUUCCAUUUCAACAGCAAGUUAUACAUUCUUGACAAAUUCUUAGUUUUGGGUUCUAACAGUUCUGUUUCUAAUUUUGAUUUUUCCACCUGGAAGCCAAUUUUCUUAUCCAAAUUAUAUGCCUCCAUUAUCUGAUAAUAAUGAAGCCAAUCUCUCACUUUGUUUUUUAAUUUCUCAAAACUCUGCAAUUUCAAUUUGUCUCCUUCUUGUUCCAAAAUUUCACAAUAUUUCGGCCAUUUGGCCUCCAUACUGAGCCUUUUCAAAGCUUUCGCUUCCAUCGGUGACAACCACCUUGGGGUUUUAUUUUCCAAUAAAUCCUUAUAUCUUAUCCAAACAUUAAACAGUGCUUUCCUGACAAUGUGAUUUUUGAAUGCUUUAUGUGCUCUAACCUUAUCAUACCAUAAAUAUGCAUGCCAUCCAAAUACGUUGUUAAAACCUUCUAGGUCCAAAAUGUCUGUGUUUUCCAGAAGCAGCCAUUCUUUCAACCAGCAGAAAGCUGCUGAUUCAUAAUAAAGUUUAAAGACUGGCAGGGCAAAUCCACCCCUUUCCUUUACAUCAGUUAAUAUCUUAAAUUUUAUUCUGGGCUUCUUGCCCUGCCAGACAAAUCUAGAAAUAUCUCUCUGCCACUUCUUGAAACAGUCCAUCUUAUCCACAGGGCUCCUAACUUCAGUGGUGGGAAGGUUGGUUCUACUUGCUCAUUGGUGAAGGGGAAAGCAUGCUGUGCAACUCAGUGGUAUUCUAGUCAUUAUUAUUAGUUUUGUGUUCCAGUGAGCCUUGGUACUGAAACACCAGGCAAGGGUCUGGUGAGUCCUGGAUGAUAGUAAGCCCGGAUCAGAUCCAAUACUUGGUUAAAAAGCAAGGUGGAUUAAAAAGAGCAAUCCAUGGCAAAAAAAAUUCCAGAAUCAUUUACAGACCUAUCAGGCAGUUUGCUUGCACUCCCCCCCCCCCAGUGGCCAUAUAUUUUCCCUUUGGGCUUCAGAGCUGGGCCCACUGAGUGUGAGAUUCUGUCUCAGCAGGAGCUCUAAUAUCGCUGUGCAAGGGCAACCUGGCACCCAAUACCCUAUCAGCAAUUUCUCACAAGGAAAGAGCAAACACCUGCCCAGGUCUGCAGGGCAUUCCCUUCCCUCCUCCUGCACCAUGUUUGCUGAGUGAAACUGAAGCUAGUGCCCUAUCGAGAUCUGCACUGUCUAUCACUAUCAGUUUCUUAAAGAGAGAAAGCUAAGCAAGGUUUAACUUCUAAAACCAGAGGUGGUGGGUAUUCAAGCCGAGCUGAACUCCCUUCUUGAUUUAUAGGUGUGAAUGGGCUGCUCAGAGGUGAGAGAAAGGCUCUCAGCAAAUUCCUGGCUUACAGCUUGUUUAUUUCCUUUCCCCUCCUACCCUUAUCUGAGUAGCUCAGGGCACAGUACUGUACUUGGUUGUGAAGCACCCACCACACAGCACAACUUAGAGUGAAAGACAACCCAAGAUCACCCAGUCAGUUUUAAUGCUGACUGGAGAUUUAAUGUCCUCAGGCCACCUAGCUUUCUAGCCACUACUUACAAUGUUGCUACCCUAGUUACAAUUUGUAUGGUAUUGAUUGCAAUGUGGACUACCAGAGCUGAGGUCCUAGCUUGGAAAAUUUUUGACUCAGGAUUCCAUGACUCUGCACAGACACACAUAAUCUGAGCAGUGUAAAUGUACACUCAAAGCAUUAUAUGCAAUAUAAUCUCUCCCUAUAUCCAUUUCAUGGGAAACCUGUACUUCAGGUAUGCAGCAAAGGCCAAAUUUGCAAAGCCCUGGUUGACUGAAUUCCCUUUCCGGAAUAUUUUUCAGCUGCUUUUAAAAAAUGUUCUUGACAGAAUAAAUAUGCAAGAGAGGCUAGUGGUGGGGAACACAGAACACAGACUGUCCGAAGCAUGGCAAGAGAGGGCAGAGAACAGGAAAAGACCAUCACCAUUUGAUUUAGAGGCUGGACAUGUGUCAUUUGAAGGGCAAAGGCAAAGAGAAGCAGAUCUCGGAAGGAAAAAAAAAGAAGGAACCUGCUUGUCUUUCUAGCAGUGCGUAAUAAUGUAGCAGUGCUCUGUCAAGGAACAUAUGAAAUAAUAAAAGUGUGUCUGAAUAUGUCCAGAGUGCCUUUUAAUGACUUUUUAACAGCCCAGGUUUAUUCCCAUAUAUAUUAUGACUUCCAGGAAAUUUGAGUCCCUUCUGUUUUUAGAAUUUAAUAACAGAUCAAUUCCCCCACAAUUACAAUGCUUCUUUGCGACCACAUUCCAUUAAUGAUAGCUUAAAAUGUAUGCCACCCACCGAAGGAGUAUUUUGGCAUUUGAAUAUUAGAGGUUGCUGCUGCUGUAUUCUUAGGGUUCAAAUUGUUCAGUGCUUUCAGGCACCAAUCAGCAGUUGGGGGAGUGGUGCAGGAAAGACAACUUACUCCUUACUUUAAAGAAAACAAAAGAGAUUAUUGUGGACUUUAGGAAAUGUAAAUUGAAUAUUCAGCCAGUGCGUGGAACAGGUCUCGGUGUUUCGAUUUCUGGGAAUGGAGUUGAGAGAUGACCUAACCUGGGGAGAAAACAGCAAAGACCUUAUGAAGAGAGCACAGCAGAGGUUAUAUUUUCUAAGAAUCCUCCAGAAAAACAAUCUCUCAGAUGGCAUUUACCAUUGUACUGUGGAGAGUGUAUUAACUUAUGGUCUGUGUGUGUGAUUUGGGAGCUGCACGACCAGGGAAAAAAUAAUGCUGUCCAGGAUUGUAAAGACUGCAGCGAGAAUAAUUGGGUGCACUCUUCCCACCUUAGAUCAAAUCUAUGCUGUCAGGUGCCAUAAGAAAGCUGCAGAGAUGGCGCAGGAUAGUGCACACCCCGGGAAUGAUCUCUUUCAGCUUCUGCCUUCUGGAAGAAGGUACAGGGUUAUAAAGACUAGGACUAGCCACCUGAGAAACAGUUUCUACCCAAAUGCAAUUCUGGUUUUAAACGCAGUAUAAGGAGUCUCUAUAGGGGUAUAUUGUAUUUUAAAAUGGGGGUUUCAGAGUUUUUAGGGGGUUUUGAAUGUCGUAUGUAGAUUUUUCAAUUUCAUUGUUCCGUAUGGGACAAUGACAAUAAAGAUAUAUUGUAUCGUAGGCGGUGCAGUGAUCGAUGGUACCCAGCAAAGCAUUGCCAAAAACAUUUUUUUAAAAAACAACAACCCAAAACAAUCCUGCCAACAGAAAGAGUUUCAGUACAUCCCCAGUUGGGUAACAUUCCCCCCCCCCUUACUACACUGUCUGUGGAUCAAGAAAAUCCAAAUUAAAUUGGGGGUGGGGGAGCACAGGUUGCCACUUGAAUGAGAAUGUCAUCAUGUGAAUGAAGCGAAAAACAUACACACAAUGGGAUGCAUCAUAUCCAGUUUAAACUGCUGUGUUCACCAUCUUUCUGCUAUGAGUCACACCAGACUGCUCCAUGAACAACUUCUCUAUAGCUUCAAAAACAACAGUGAAUUAUAUACUGGAAGAUGAAGAAGAGUUUGGCUGUGAAGGAUAAGGUGAUUACUUAAGGGAGGGUUUUCUAUGCCAUAUAUGGUUUCUUGGCUGUUGAUGAGUUAGCAGCAAAUCCCUGUGCGAUGCAUGCCCAUGCCAAUGUGUUUUACGGUGCCUAAUAUGCAAACUGACUCACCGCUGUCUCUCCCAUGUUUAUCCUCCUAAACAACGUAUUCACCAGAAAGCUGGGGAGAAAACACUUCACCCCGCUGUUUGAUGAAUCUCCCCUCUAUUUUCUAAAAGGUGCUCGUUGUUCCUAGUUGCUAUCUCAUGAUGACCAACAACUGUGAGUAUCUAGUGCACUGGCCCCAAAAUGGGCCUGCUGUUUGUGUGCCUUUGGUCUCAUGAGAAUCAUCCCUGAAAUGAGGGGGCCAGGCUUCUACCCAGAACACCUGGUUGCCCCAAAUAUUUUCCGUUUAAGUUUAAAUUUAUGAUAGACAGCUUUUAUUAAAAGAAUGAGGCCUUGCCCACCACCUUGCAAGCCAUACCUUUUCAAACUCCUGACCUGAAUCGCUCAGCUUGCUCAUGAUUCCUGCUGGUUUAGGGUGGAUCGGAAACUAGCCCCUUAUCAUACUUAACGUGUGUGUGUGUGUGUGUGUGUGUGUGUGUGUGUGUCUCUGCUUUAUUUAGUAAUCUUGUAAUUAUGUUUUAUUAUAUUUUUAACCUUCUGUUUGCUGCUUGAGCUUUUUAAAAGGGAAAUAAUGAUGAAAACAUUUUAAAUCAACAAACUAAAUGACUGGCGGAAUGGGACACCCAGAGACCGCAAAAGCACAGCUGCAAUAACUGUGAGCAUGAUAGGGGCUUUAGCGGGGCAAGGGUAAGGCAACUUAUUUAAAGGUCUUAAAUAUAAGCAGGUAAAAGCUUCUAAACUUAGGGGAAAACACCUGUAUUUAACUCACACAUAUUUGGUAAUGAUGAUUCAGCCGCACAGAUAUUUGAUUUGGGGUUAUAAGAGCUUACUCUAAUGAUGUUAACUGUGGAACCGGCACUUUACAAACACCACAUAAUAUUCAUUAUUCACCUAUGGGAAAUCAAUAUUUUAGUGCGGCAGCACCCAUUCUCCAGAACUCCCAGAAAAUUAAUAUUCGUCAGAUGCCAUCUCUGUACUGCUUUCAAUGUCUGCUAAAAACUGUUUUUAGGCAAGUCUACCCAGACGUAUUUUUAUUAUUUACAAUUGUUUUUGAAACUGGUUUUAUUGACAUUUUAAUAAUUUUAUUAUGUCUACUGUUUUUAAAGUCUUUUUUAUUGCUAUUUUAAUUCAUUUUUUAUAUAAUUUCAUGGAAACUGUUAGAUAUCUUGAUUAAGCAACACAUAAGUUUUGCUAAAUAAAUAAAGGAAAGAACUGAAUUUACUGUUUUGAAGAAAAUUUUUGAAAAUCAAAAGAUAAACGGCUAAUAUGCAAAAUUUGUACAAUUUUUUUUAAAAAAACCGAAUAGAAGCCACUAUUCAUAAAAUGUGUUGAAUCUUUAGAUUGGCACAAAAACUAAUGAAAAAUAUUUUAAAGCUUUUGAACUAUGACAGUUGUGGGGGAGGAUAAGAAGGAUCUUAGGCUGCUGGGAGCCAAAGUAUUAGAAAAUAAUAGUCUCCAGUGAGAGAAAACCAAACCCAGGUAAGAUAUAGCCCUGAAACUUCCCACUGUGUGGGAUAGUGGGGGAAAAACACAUUUCAUUCAAAAAACCAAAACUCUAAAGCUGAUUUGAAUUUGUGUGCAAGUUUAGCAUGUCGUUAAACUUUCAGAAUUCUGAUUAGAAAUUUCAAAAUGCUCAAAUUUCAGUUUUAAAGCCAGCUGUUGAAAACCUCUUAAUGCUGGCCACUAAAUCUUUUUAUUAUUCUCAUUGGUAAAUAUUUUAAACCAAAAUUUGUUUUCAGCUUAAAAAUUAGCAGUUUGUAAAUCUGUUCAUUCAAACAUGCUAGUAAGCGCUGCUCCAGGUGUUCAUUUUGUUAUUACCCUUUUCUACAACAAAACGGUCCUAUGUUCCCAUGUUUUUCUCAUCGGGGGCAGCAGAAGCAACUUCCAUUUUAUCCCUGUAGUUUUGAUGGUGCUAUUUAAGUAAAUUUCAAAUGUGAAAUUGCAUGUGCUCAGAAUAUUCCCCCUCCCUCCUCCUCCUCCUCCUCCUCCUCCUCCUCCUUCUAGUCAAACUCCUUUUGUUUAUUUUUUCACUCUAUACCAUAUCAGGAAUGCAAAAGCAGAUGUAAAGUAUAGAAUAGCUGGGAAGGGGAAAUGUUAAAUGUGUGUGUGCUUCGUAUUCAUAAUCGAAUAAAUACCUACAGCUGUCUAAAAAGCACAGAGGAAGGUGGGGGCUUAAGACCAUAACACAAGGGUCAGAUUACCUAGCACUGCUUUUACCUUUCUUAUUGCGGUCCCAGAGCAACAGAGCUUUGCAUUCAACACAGCACCCUCACCCCGGCCAGUUUUCCCUAGGCACUGCUCUGACUCCCUGAGAAAGUCUUUCUGGGAUCUCAAACUGCAGAGUCAUCUGCUAACACACAGGCAAGCGGCAUGUAGGGAAUGUCCUCCCGUGGUGCGCGGGAUGGUGGAAGGAUGCCUCUGGCCUGGCUCUGCUCCAGUUCCCAGCCUGCUGCUAUAUUGGCUGCCUGCUCACGGUGGUUAUCUAACAACCCCCCCGCCCGCUGCCUCUUCUCCUAAGUGCAUACUUCCCUGAGUGCCAUCCUUCGAUAAUAAGAGAUUCAGGAAGCAAACCUGAAUCACGCCUCAUUAAAAUCAGGGGCAACUGCACCAAAACCUUCCCUCAUUGGGCUGUGCAGGAUAAAGUGUUCAGUUUUUGAACAGAAGGCAGGAGGAAGAACCUCAGCCUAAGCUUUAAGGGAGCCCUGUGUCCUGCACUGCACAGGGGAGGAUUUGAAGGGCUGUUCAUUCCAAGUUGUGUUUAAAAAAGAAAAAUAAGAGAGCAUGAGCAUUAAAGUUAUCCAUCAACACUAACUGGACAGCAGAUGGGGAGCCAGACAUACCGUUCACAUUCUCCCUCGCUGUGGUGAGACGUAUUUUACGGUCUAUUUAAAUAAAUAGUGAUUGUCACGAAAUUUGCAGCCAUACUUAUGCACGUCUUAUGAAAAUGUGUCCUCUCCUCACCUCUUUUUGUGUGGUUCAUUUCCUCUUAUUUGAUGAUGGGUAAGUGGCAUGCAUAGCUUGCUGCUGCUCCACCGCCUGUUUUAUCUCACAGCAAGACCAGAUGCCAUUUUCCCCCAAAGAAAGCAAAGUCAAAGUCCUCAACAGUUUCUUACCUCAGGCAACUGUGACAUCUGUUGUCUCUCACCUAAGUUACCGUAUUUGUCGCUCUAUAGGAUGCACUUUUUCCCCUCCAAAAAUUAAGAGUGAAUAUUCCUAUAGAGCGAAUGCAGGAUGCGCGGCUAAGCCCAAAGCCAGAACAGCGAGGCGGAGCGCUGCGCAGUGCUCCAUCUUGCUGUUCUAGCUUGGGGUUAGCUGCGCAAAGCCUCCGCAGGACAGUGGGGUGAAGGCACCCCGCUGCCCUGUGGAGGCUUCAAAGGCCGUCCCCGAAGCCAGAACAGCGAGGCGGAGCGCUGCACAGUGCUCCGUCUUGCUGUUUUAGCUUGGGGAUGGCUGCGCAAAGCCUCUGCAGGGCAGCAGGGUGCCUUCACCCCGCUCCUCUGCAGAGGCUUCAAAGGCUGCGCUCUGGGGGCUUCAGGCAGCUAUCCACAAGCCUUCGGAGCGCAGCAGGAGUUCCCGCUGCGCUCCAAAGGCUUGUGGAUAGCCAUCUGAAGCCUGGAGAGCGAGAGGGGUCGGUGCACACCGAUCCCUCUUGCUCUCCAGGCUUCGCUUCGCUGGAGAGAUGCUGCGCAGUUUUCCCUCUCUGCACGGCGCCCCUUCAGUGAAGCAGGAGGAGAAAUGGAAGGGGCUCCGUUUCUCCUGCCGCUUUGCUGAAGGGGCGCUGAGCAGAGAGGGGGAGAAUUCCCCCCCCCAUUCUCCCCCUCCUAUGAUCCAGUGCGUCCUAUAGAGCGAAAAAUACGGUAAUUAAGUGUAGGAUUCCCCAUCUUCUGUGCUCUUGCAAAAAUAAAUAAAUGAGCCCAGCCAAACUGAGGGGAAAGGGGGCCUCUCCCCUUACUCUGCUGUUGAUGUUGGAGGUCAGCCUUCAUAGAAUCAUGGGAUGGGGUCAUAGAAUUGUAUAGCUGGAAGGAACACCGAGGGUCAUCAAGUCCAACCCCGUGAUGCAGGAAUCUCAACUAAAGCAUCCAUGACAGGUAGCCAUCCAACCUCUGCUUAAGAACCUCCAGUAGAGAGUUCACCACCCUCCAAGGGAGUUUGUUCCAUUGUCAAACAUCUCUUACUAUUAGAAAGUUCUUCCUAAUGAUUAGUCUGACUCUCCUUUCUUGUAAUUUGCAGCCACUGGUGCAAGUUACAACCCUCCAGAGCAGGAGAAAACAAACUUUCUUCAUCUUCCAAUGGAAUUUAGAAGACUACAUGUGGAUUACAGAGAAUUAGAAGACUACAUGUGGAUUACAGAUAAUUUAAAAAAAUUAUCAUUCCUCCUUUCUCUCCACAGGCUCUAUUCAUGAGCAGAACACCACCUCAACUGAGGCUCUGGAAGAUAUUGAAGACAAUGAGGAGCUCAUAGAACAGCUCAUGUGCAUCACCUCAGACAGCUUACCUCAGCUAGAAGUAGAGGAGAAAUAUGACAUAGCCAAGGAGCUAGGCAGUGGCUCCUAUGGACAUGUUCUGCACAUCCAGCAUCGUGAGAGAGGUGAGAGUGUGAAAAGGCAAAUUCCAUGCUAGGGAUCAUAAGGAAAGUGACUGAUAACCAAACAGCCAAUACCGUAAUGCUGUUACACAGAUCUGUAGCAUGACCACUUGAAAUACAGUGUACUAUUCUGUUCAUCUCACCUGGAAAAGGUUCAGAAAAGGGUAACCAAAAUGAUCAAGAGGAUGGAACAACUCCCGUAUGACGAAUGACUAUAACAUUUGAGGCCUUUUCGUUUAGUGAACAAGCGGGUAAAUGAUAAGAGGUGUACAGAUGUACCUUGGAAGUCGAACUGAAUCCGUUCUGGAAGUCCAUUUGAUUUCCAAAAUGUUUGGAAACUAAAGCGCAGCUUCUGAUUGGCUGCAGGAAGCUCCUGCAGCCAAUUGGAAGCUGCGGAAGCCCCAUCGGAAAUUCAGGUAUCAAAGACCAUUCACAAACUGGAACACUCAAUUCCAGGUUUGCAGUGUUCGGGAGCCAAAACGUCCGAGUACCAAGGCAAUUGGCAUCCAAAGUACAACUGUAUACAGUUCAUGCACUGGGUGGAGGAAGGACAUUUUUGUCCCUGUCUCAUUAUGUUGUAACUUGGGGAUAUCCAAUGAAGCUGAGUGUUGGAAGAUUCAGGACAGACAAAAGAGAGUUCUCCACACAGCACAUAGUUAACUUGUAGAAUUCACUCCCACAGAAUGUCAAGAUGGUCACCAAUUUCAAUGGCUUUAAAAGAGGAUUAGAAAAAUUCUGGGAGAAGAAGUUUAUCUAGUUUUCUAGCCAUUUUCUGCCUCCACUGUCUGAGUCAGUAUGCCUCUAAAUAUCAGUUGCUGCGAAUCACAAGUGGGAAUAAUGUUAUUGAAUGGGCUUCCUAUGAGCAUCUGGUUGCAUCUGUGAGAACAGAGUGCUGAACUCGAUGGACCUUUGGACAAAUACAGCAGGUUCUUCUGAUGUUCACAAGGGCCACGCCAGCCCACAGGAGGCAAUGUGCUGUUACAGCUGGGGACCAGAGUACCAAAGUCUGUUAGUGAAUAUUAGAAGCUAAUAAACCGUAAUAUUUGGAUAAUAUUUGGGAUACAAAGGGAAAAUGCAAGCUGCAGAACUGUGCCAGACAAGGAAUACAUGGGUUAGUUUAUGCAAACCAUAUUGGCUGAACAAUGUGGAAAGAAGUACUGAGCCAUUAAGGGCCACAGACAAUGCAAAAGAACUGUCCUUCUCUUUGCCCCUCACUCCCAGUGAGAAUUAGGGGAGGGGUGUAGUAUCACAGGAAAAUUUGUCCUUUUAGAAAGCUAAAGGUUUGUUGGGAAGGAGUAGGACAGAAUUCCAAGGGCUGCUAUGGAGGAAAGCAGGAACACGGUAAGUAAAAGUUGCUGCGGGAAAUGGGAUGUUAACCAGAUUAGAGUGUGGUCUUGUCUUGAGAUUGACCCUAGUCUUGAAGAGAACCUACCCUCUAGUACUGCAAACAUGCCCUGGGGCUAACGCUUGACUUAAGACCUGCCUGGAGCUGGCUCUGCUGCAGCUCAGCCCAAGCUGCCCCACUGCCCUCUUCUAGUUCACUAAAUCCUGUAAUUAAUUAGCUGUGUCAUCCCAGGAGUGUGGGCAGCUGCCAGCCAGCAGGUGCUGUGUUGGCGAUGCCAAGUGCCUGCAGCAGUCCAAGUAGCAAGCUAGCCAGCCUCACAGCUGUAAGAAUAAGAAGGAAGGAGGUAACCAUUUGAACAUAAUUGUAGAAGAGUAUGUCACUGAACAACAGAUUCAAUCCGAGUCCCAAACCCAGGUUAGGGACAGAUUAUUUUUUCUGUUACCCAGAUGAAAGAUCUUCCUCACCAUUUGAAACUAGCUUUGCAGUGCCCCCUGCUGGGGAGACAAUGGUAUGCAGCAGUUAAUUUCUGAAAACAAGUGUGUUGCCAGAGUUUGAAUUGCCCCCCAGAGCUUCUGACCUGAGUGUUCCUUCUCCCAAUCCAAGGAUGAUCAGCUUCUAAGGGCUUACAGGUUAGCCGCUGUGUGAACUGUGUUUUCGAGGUACAAUGCCUGGCGCGUGCAGGUAUCAAGUACUAAACAGAAGAUUUAUGUGUGACAUGGGCACUACUUUUGGUGCCCUCUAAUGUCCAGCCGCUGACAUUUUGUUGUUGUUUGCAGGAACAUCAAUGGCUCUGAAGCUGAUGUCCAAGGAGCGGACAGGGAGGCACGAGUUCCUGCGGGAAUACUGUAUUGCUCUCUGCCUCUCCUCACACCGCGCCCUUCUCCGAACCACUGGCAUUGCUUUUGAGACAUCUACACAUUAUGGCUUUGCACAGGAGCUGGCACCAGCUGGUGACCUUUGUGCCAUCCUGAAUUCAGGGGUACGAAGUGGGAUGGAAACUUUGUGGGGCCUACAAAUGGGAGAGUCUCAGCACAGGUGGGAAAGUAGGAUUUAUUUUGUGUAUAGGGAAAGAUUAAACAUGCAAGCAAUUGUAAUCCAGCUUCCUCCUGGCUCUAAUAUGAAUGGCUGAAACACACCCUAGCACAUUGUUGUCAAAACUUGGAUCUCCAGCUGUUUUCACCAUCCCUGACCACUGGUCCUGUUAGCUAGGGAGACACAAGUUUGGGAAACAUUGCAGCCUAGCAUAUUAAUUAAAUGCUGGUUCAACUGGCCACCUUUUUGUUCUUUAAAGUGCCACAGUACUUUUCCCCAUUUUUAUGUUUAUCCUUUGCCUUCAGUGCUCCAGUGUUAAGCAGCUGAUGAUAAUAUAGCAAUUUGCUAUAUUUGAUAAUAUAGCAAAACUGUUCUAAGGAUUGGGGGGGGGGGGAGGUGUCUAGGUGACAUCAUAUGUACCACUAGCCAGGCAAUUACAUCUACAGUUAGCUUCUUUCAAUGUAAGGUCCAUUUGCACUUGACUCAACGAUGGUGCUUCCAAACUGGUCCCAUUCCUCUGAAAGAUGGAGGCUGGAGGGUAAUCCUUUUCAAGAGGUACUGCUCAUCUUUACCCCUGCUCUCUUUUCUCUUUCUCAACAGGAGGGCCUUCCUGAGGUACAGGUGAAGCGGUGUGCAGCCCAACUGGCCGAGGCGUUGGAUUUCAUGCAUGGCAAAGGCUUGGUGCACCGGGACAUAAAGCUGGACAAUGUGAUGCUUUUUGACAAAGAGUGUUGUCAGGUGAAACUGGGAGACUUCGGCCUCACACGAGUGGAAGGCACACAAGUGGCUGCUAUGUCUGGCACUCUGCCCUACUCCCCACCUGAAUUGUGCCUUUUGGAAGGCACCGAGACUUUGGCUCUAGACCCCAGCCUGGAUGUCUGGGCCUUUGGCGUGCUACUGUUCUGUAUUUGUACAGGUUGCUUCCCUUGGGAUGUGGCCAUGAGCCCUGACCCUCAGUUUGAGGAAUUUGGCAUCUGGCAGAACCGCACGGUGCCAGGGGAGGCUCCGGCCCUGUGGAGAGGCUUUACCACCCAUCUCUUGGGUCUGUUCCGCCGCCUAAUGGCCAUUGACCCUAACCGCCGCAGUCCUGCUGUUGAAGUGCACAAGUACUUAGCUCUGCCUUGGCGGGUGGACAGCUGUGGAGGGACACAGAGUCCUCAAGAUGAUCCUCUGAAUACAAUGGAUUCAGGUGCCUUCCUCAAUGACCCUAUUGGGGGCAAUACUAACCUGGGCAAUAGAUCUCAGGAGAAUUGUCCAGGGGAAAUACUGCCUGAGCUAAUUCUCUGUGAGAAAACCCACACCAUUCAGAAUGGUCAUAGCCCUGGAAGCAAUCCCAGUCCACAGGAAGCCUCAUGGCUAACUGAGCCUGGGCUCCAACCCUGA